UUCUUCUUCAGGGAGAGAUGUUUCCUCCAACUUUCCUAUGAAACUCUUUUUUUUUCUCCUCUCUUCAAUUUCCCCGGAAAAUCAGGAAACUUAGAUAUUUGAGCUGAUUUUUUUUACCUUUUUCUUUUGUUUAGCUAUCAUCUUGUUUGACAAAGCAGCCUCAGCUCUAGAGAGAUAUAUAGUUGAUUCGAUUAAGAUUCGCUUGUUUUGUUUUGCGGUCUUAUUUGUAGAUCAUGGAGAGAUCUGAUUCUAGAGAUCUCUACUACAACUUAGCUCGAGCUUCUUCAUCAAGUAAUAAUAAUAAGAGCACACUCUUUGACGCAUCUCAAUAUGAGUUCUUUGGUCAAAGUCUUGAAGAAGUUGAAUUGGGAGGUCUUGAUGAUGAUGGUACUUCUGUUAUUGGACAUGCUGAUGAUGGUGGUGAUGGGUAUCACCUGUUUGAUAAAAGAGAGGGUGCAGGUUUGGGAUCAUUGUCUGAAAUGGAUGAUCUUGCCACCACUUUUGCAAAGCUAAACAGAGUUGUUUCCGGGCCCAAACACCUUGGAGUAAUUGGUGACAGAGGAUCAGGUUCCUUUUCAAGAGAAAGUUCUACUGCUACAGAUUGGACACAGGAUAAUGAGUUCACAAGCUGGUUGGACCAGCAGACGCUUGAAGAACAAGCACAGGAAGCUAGCUGGUCUUCACAGCUACAAUCAUCACCUAACUCAAACUCUUUGUACAGGACAUCCUCAUACCCUCAGCAGCAACCACAGCUGCAGCAUUACAAUAGCGAACCGAUCAUUGUACAAGAAUCUACCUUCACCUCUUUUCCUUCACCUGGAAACAGAAUCCAACAAUCUUCACCGAGCCAUAUACAUCGUGCUCCUUCUCUUCCUGGUGGUAGUCAGCUGAACCUGCCUGCACCAAAUGUCUCUUCUCUGUCAAACUCUGCGUACCAUCUUUCAGGAUUGUCACAAGGACCGUCACACUACAAUAAUAACUUGGCUAGGUACGCCUCAUGUGGUCCUACUCUUGGUAACACGGUGCAAACUCCUCACUGGGUUACUGACCCUGGCCUUCUCCACGGUGACCGCUCCGGGUUGUUACACAGUCUAGUACAACAGCAACAGCAGCAGCAGCAGUUGCAACUUCCUCCUCGGAAUGGUUUUACUUCACAACAGCUGAUCUCGCUUCAGCAGAGACAAUCUCUAGCUCAUCUCGCUGCGUUACAGUCUCAGCUGUAUACCUCAUGUCCUUCCCCAUCGCGUCAAGCUUCUUUGGGGGUUAAUGAAGUAAGGGAACACAAACAUAAGCCGUCUCAUAGGAGUCGAAAGAACAGAAGUGGAAGCCUCUCCCAACAGGCAUCUCUGUCCAGCCAGAAAAGUGAAACCGGACUUCAGUUUAGAUCAAAGUACAUGACGUCAGAAGAGAUUGAGAGUAUCCUCAAGAUGCAGCAUUCCAAUUCACACAGUAGUGACCCUUACGUCAAUGAUUAUUACCACCAAGCUCGACUCACCAAAAAAUCUGCCGGGUCUAGACCAAAGGUUCAGUUCUGUCCUUCUCAUUUGAAAGACCAUCAAUCUCGGUCUCGUAACAGUAGCUCAGAUCAGCAACCACAAGUCCACGUGGAUGCUCUUGGAAAGAUUACUCUUCCUCAUGUUAGCAGGCCACGUGCUUUACUAGAGGUUGACUCUCCUCCUAACCAUAAGCGAUCCGAGAAGCAUCUGGAGGAGGAGCCUCUUGUUGCAGCUAGAGUCACCAUUGAAGAUGCUUUUGGAGUUCUUAUAGAUAUAGUUGACAUUGAUAGGACUCUCCAAUUCAACCGACCACAAGACGGUGGCUCUCAGCUCAUGAGAAAGCGUCAGCUCCUCCUCGAAGGCUUAGCAACGUCUCUCCAACUUGUUGAUCCCUUCAGCAAAACCGACCAGAAAACCGGUUUGACUGCCAAAGACGAUAUUGUCUUUCUACGCAUAGUGACUCUUCCCAAGGGGAAGAAACUGCUCACAAAGUAUCUGCAGCUUCUUGUCCCAGGCACUGAGAUUGCUCGUGUUGUCUGCAUGGCUGUGUUUCGCCACCUCAGGUUUUUAUUCGGUGGCCUACCUUCAGAUACAGUUGCAGCAGAGACGAUAGGUAGUCUCGCUAAAGCGGUUACGGUUUGUGUCCAAGCGAUGGAUCUCAGAGCAUUGAGUGCUUGUCUUGCGGCUGUUGUCUGUUCUUCAGAGCAGCCACCUCUCCGUCCAAUAGGAAGUGCUUCCGGAGAUGGAGCAUCAGUUGUGUUGGUGUCUCUUCUUGAGAGAGCUGCUGAAGUAGUUGCAGGACGUGUCAAAAACUCGAGUGAUGGGCUCUGGAGAGCCUCGUUUGAUGAGUUCUUCACACUUUUGACCAAAUAUUGCAGGAGUAAGUAUGAGACGAUACAUGGUCAGAACCAGGAGAAUGCAGCUGCUGAUGUGUUGGAGGCAGCUAUUAAGAGGGAAAUGCCUGCUGAGCUUUUACGUGCAAGCCUACGUCAUACGAAUGAAGAGCAGAGGAACUUUUUACUAAACUUUGGUCGUAAAGCUUCUUCGCCACCUGUGAGUGAGUUGAAAACCGGUGCAAGGAGUGGCGGCCAGGUUAACUCUGAGUCUGUGAGGGCUUAACUUUAACCAUAUAUAUAAGAAAGAAACUGUGAGAACAUGGAUUCAGGAAUGGGUAAGAAACAUUGAAACUGGGAGUUGGUAAAAAAACCUAAGUGAAAUCCUCGGGAGCUGAAUUUUUUGGUGCUCUGGUGAUGGAGACUCCUAUUUGUAUGCUCAUAGGGUUUGGAAGGAGACUAGUGUUUGUGACUCUGUACAGACUGAUGGUGAAUGGUGAUGACGCAAGAAGAUGAUGAUGGGUGAUGGUGAUGGUGAUGGUUUGAUGUGUGCAGGAGCUAAGAGGCUUUUUGUUGUCUUAGCAUCUUGUGGGUCUGUGUUGAUUUAUAUGUGUGUGCAUUGUGUAAAAGGAACGCAUAGUCUUUUUCUAAAAUGUUGUUUCUGUUGUAACCAAUGAACCGUUAUUACGCUUACACAAACCUUUGAAUUGUUUUCGUGUUUAUACGUCGUAUGUGUUUGGACAGAGGUUAAGUCCAAAUGUAUUAUGUUCUUUCGUAAGCAGUUGGAGACUUUGAAAUGUAUUACGCUAACACAAACCUUGCAGACUUG